AUUCAACUUGUAUUCAGCAAAAAGCGAAAAGAGGGGGUUGGUGUUGUGUGGAACGACGGAGAUGAUGAUGAAGAAGAAAGAACACCACCCUAAUCUCAUCGCAUUCAGAAACCCUCUCCUUCUUCUUCACUAACCCAUCUGCCAAAAACCGUACUGUUAUAUUUGACCUUCGUCUUAUUCGUAUCCAGUUCCCUCCUUCCCAUUUCUUCUUCUGUCUGUUACAAGUUAUUUCAAGAAAACGCACAUGGAUGUUGUAGCAAUUGAAGCCUCGGUGUGGAACACUUCAUUAUAUAACACACUCCCCAAACCUUCUCUUUUCAGAUUAUCAAGACGAAGGUGCCCUAAAAUCUUACAUUGUACAGCGGGAGCUAUUAGAUUCAGCGAGAGGGUUAUUCUCCGAAACAUUGUUGAUUCGAGAUUUCCAAGAAAUACUAGUUAUAGUGUUGUUCGAGACGACAGAGGAUUGAGAUCUGUUUGGAUUAAAAGUAGUAGUAGCGUGGACAACCAUUCUACAGCCCCAAGUGUGGAUUUUGAUUUUCUUCAAAUUUUGGUAAAGAGGGGAUUGGUUUUGGCGGCGGUGUGCUGUGGGGUUUUAGUGUUGGGAUGCAGAGGGGUUCUUGCUGCCGAAGGAGUCUUGAAUGGGGGAUUUGUGGGUUCCGGUUUAGAGCAGAUUAAGUUGUCAUUGACGAACUCUCUGCCCAAGGUUUUGAUGGUUCUCAAGGUGUUGAAGGAACAAGGUCUAAUUUUGGCUGCUCUUUUUGGCCUCUCUGCAUUUUUCUCCAUGGCUGAGACUUCAAUCACUACUCUGUGGCCUUGGAAGGUCAGGGAGUUAGCUGAGAAAGAGUCUGAGAAUGGUGUGUUCAAAAUGCUCCGCAAUGAUGUUACUCGGUUCUUGACAACCAUACUUAUUGGCACAACCGUUGUCAAUAUUGGAGCAACCGCUCUUGUCACUGAAGCAGCAACAACAAUAUUCGGUGAAGCAGGUGUGAGUGCAGCUACAGGAGUAAUGACGGUUGCUGUUUUGCUACUCACUGAAAUAACUCCAAAAAGUAUAGCUGUUCAUAAUGCCACUGAGGUUGCAAGAUUUGUGGUCAGGCCGAUUGCAUGGCUUUCCUUAGUCUUAUAUCCGGUUGGAAGGGUUGUAACAUGUCUCUCGAUGGGAAUGCUCAAGUUGCUUGGUCUUAAAGGAAGAAGUGAACCGUAUGUGACUGAGGAUGAACUGAAGUUGAUGUUGCGAGGAGCUGAACUAAGUGGGGCCAUAGAAGAGGAAGAACAGGAUAUGAUUGAAAAUGUUUUAGAAAUAAAAGACACAUACGUUCGAGAGGUUAUGACACCUUUGGUUGAUGUUGUUGCCAGUGAUUCCAGUGCAACACUUGUCGAUUUCCACACCUUGUGGUUAACUCAUCAGUAUUCAAGGGUACCAGUUUUUGAGCAACGUGUUGAUAAUAUAGUGGGCAUUGCAUAUGCAAUGGAUCUACUAGACUAUGUUCAAAAGGGAGAUCUACUAGAAAGUACAAGUGUGGGGGAUAUGGCUCAUAAACCUGCUUAUUUUGUGCCUGAUUCGAUGUCAGUGUGGAAUCUUCUUAGAGAAUUUCGAAUCAGGAAGGUGCAUAUGGCUGUUGUCCUGAAUGAAUAUGGUGGAACAGUUGGGAUUGUAACUCUGGAAGAUGUGGUUGAAGAAAUUGUUGGUGAAAUUUUUGAUGAAAAUGAUUCAAAAGAGGAAAUAGAGAAAAAGACUGGGUAUAUUGUAAUGAGGGCUGAAGGAAUUUAUGAUGUGGAUGCAAAUACAUCCAUUGACCAGCUUUCUGAAGAUCUCAACAUAAAGAUGCCAGAGGGACAUCAAUAUGAAACAGUAUCGGGGUUUGUGUGUGAGGCAUUUGGAUAUAUCCCGAGAACAGGGGAAAGUAUAAAACUGGUACUUGACAAGGAGGAAGAGCAUGAUGAGUAUAAUACAGAGGAUGAUCAAAAUCAAAAUCAAAAUCAAAAAGAUAGAGAAAAAGAAAAGAAGCAAGUAUUUCAAAUAGAGAUCUUGGCAGGAAAUGCAAGAAAGGUUGGUGCAGUGAGGUUUGAACGGGUAACAGCACAUGAUGAGGGGUCAGAUUCAUCAUCAUCAUUGUUGGAGUUGGAAAGAAACAGCGACACAAAGGAAAUGAAGAAGGUAGUUCCAAAAAUCAUGAAAAGGAAGUUCGGGGGUGAUGUCAGUGAUGAUGAAACAUGUAGGAGUGAGGAGGGGGAUGUAAUCCCACAACAUCAACUCAAACAGGGGGAAUGAAAACUGAAAAUUGAAAAUCCUUUUUUCUCUUCUUCAAAUGCAAUAUUUUAUAUUUUAUAUUCAUGAA